UAGUCUUUUGUUUUCAAGAUAUUGAAUCUCGAUGCUUGUCCACUGACGGCUGGAGUCUUCUUAAGCAGUGAAGAAAGAAAUUUGUUUUUAUUCUAUUUUAAAAACUCAACGCUAAAGAAUUUAAUUAGAAAUGUCAGACAAGGAAGGUGUCGAAGAAAAGGAAGUGACAACUGAAGAUGUUGUUAAUGAAGAAAAUACAAUUAAAGGACAAAAAAGAAAGAGACCUGUCGCUAAGGCAACUCCAUCCAAGAAAAAGUUGAAGUCUGAAGAACCACCUGUAUCUGAAGAAAAUGACAAAACUGAAACAGAAGAAGAUGAAGAGAUGCCAUUGGGACUUCUGGAUCGUUCACCAGAAAUGACUGGAACCAGAAUUCGCAAACAGGUGGAGAGACUUACCAUCAACACCCCCGCUGCAUCAGAAAAACCUGAUCGCAAAAAAUAUGAACAAAUCCCAGGAAGAGGAGUGAAGCUGGGUACAUCCCCAAGAAUUGCAUCACAAUUAAUGACUUUUAAGCACACUAAGAUGACUCUUCUUCAUAGACUACUAUUCAAAAGACCUGGAACUGCUUAUGAAAUUAAACGGAAUGUUAGAGAGUUCUCAGGGUUCCCUUUUGAGAAAAAAGAUAAAGAAUUUGAGUCCAGGAAGCACAUGCUGGAAAAGAAUAACUUGGUUGACCUGAAGGACAUCUGUCAAAUUCUAUGCCUGGAAAAGGGCGGCACCAAAGAGGCUAUCAUUGAGCGGAUACUAGAAUUUUGCCUGUGCCCUAAUCCGAGCAGUAAACCGACCCCUAAGAAAACCAAAAAGAAAACUAAAGAAAGCAAGAAAAAGGUCAAAGCCAAAAGCGACGACGAAAAAGCUGCACGAAGCAGUCCCAAGAAGAACAUUACCUCAAAUGAAACUGUCGAGGACGAUUCGAGCAGCUCAGACGAAGAAGCGGAAGGCGAAUCGGAAUCUGAAAAGGAAUCACCUGAGCCAACUCCAGUAAAAAAAGGCACCAAGAAACCUGCGGCUCCCAAACCUGUUAAAGAAUCCGCAACACUGAAAUCGAAUAAAAAAGUUCCUGCUUCAAAAGCAAAUAAAGAAGCGUCCGAAAACAAAUCCCAAAAGGAAACCGACGACGAUUCGAGCAGCUCAGACGAAGAAGCGGAAGGCGAAUCAUCUGAAAAGGAAUCACCUGAGCCAACUCCAGUAAAGAAAGGCACCAAGAAGACUGUUGCACCCAAACCUGUUAAAGAAGCCGCAACACCGAAAGCAAAUAAAAAAGUUCCUGCGGCAAAAACAAAGAAAGAAGCAUCGGAAACCAAAUCCAAAAAGAAAACCGAGGACGAUUCGAGUAGUUCGGACGACGAAGCGGAAAAAGAAUUAUCUGAAAAGGAAUCACCUGAAAAAGAAUCACCGGAAUCGACUCCAGUAAAGAAAGUUACCAAAAAGACUGCGGCACCCAAAGCUGUUAAAGAAGCUGCAACACCGAAAGUGAAUAAAAAAGCUCCUGCUGCAAAAGCAACCAAAGCAGCAUCGGAAACCAAAUCCAAAAAGAAAACACCUAAAAAGUCUCCCAAGAAAGCUGAAAUCAAAGUUAAGUUACCCCCUGUGAAUAAGGCCAAAAAGAAGGCACCGGCUGUGAUGUCUGACUCGGAGGGAGAAGAAGAUAAGAAUUCUGCAGACACAUCAGCGGACAAGAGCAUCGAAAAUGAAAAGUCAGCAGAAGAAUCAUCUCCUAAGAAAUCAGCAAAAGAAACAUCUCCAUCUCCUGAAAAAUCAGCAGGAGAAUCAUCUCCACCUUCUAGAAAAUCCUCCGACAAAGAUGAAGAUCAAACUGAAGUGUCGCAAGCCCCGGCAAAAAGUCCGAAAUCUAAAUCUGAACCGACAAACGACGAGCUGGCAAACACUAUCAAGCAAAUCAUUAAUGAUGCUAACUUAGAAGACAUGACUAUGAAAAACUUGUGUCGUCAAGUGUACAAUAAAUUCCCAGAAUAUGAACUGGAGAAAACGAGGAAAGAGUUCAUCCGGUCGAAAGCUAAGGAGAUUCUUGGCAGUGAAUAAGGGCGCUUCAAAAAUACUUCAUUUAUAAAGAAACAAGCUGUCAUUUUAUACGAGUAUAUUUUCGAAGUGAGUAAAGAAUAAUUUCUUAAUGUUUUUAGUUUGUUCUCUCCACUUUCUUGAAGCACGGUGGUGCAUAUUGAUAAUACAAUUUGAACUGGA